UCAAAAGAAAAGGCUUGUUUGGUUGUUGAGAUUUACUAUUCCACGCACGACUCACAAACCCCUCGAAGCUGAAACAAAGAAGAAAAAAGGCGCAGAGGUAGGCGAUCUGCGGACAGUGAGGAUGAUAGGAGUUGGGAAAAUCAAGCAAUACACUAACGUUCUCGAUAGACCUCUCAGCAAGGGCAAACAAGAGGUUAGUUUGAGCGCGUUUGCAUUCUUGUUCUCGGAGCUUGUUCAGUACAAUCAGACCCAAGUUGAUAACAUUGCUGAAUUGGAAAGAAGGUUAGAGGAUGCAGGCUAUGCUGUUGGGGCACGAGUUCUGGAACUUCUCUGCCAUCGAGAAAAGGGAAAUAGAAGGGAGACACGGUUGCUAGGUAUUUUGUCCUUUGUGCACAGCACUGUGUGGAAGGUUUUGUUUGGAAAGGUUGCUGACUCCCUUGAGAAGGGUACUGAACAUGAAGAUGAAUAUAUGAUCAGCGAAAAGGAGCUCCUUGUGAACAGAUUUAUCUCAAUUCCUAAAGAUAUGGGUGCUUUCAAUUGUGGAGCUUUUGUUGCGGGCAUUGUAAGGGGUGUACUUGACAAUGCCGGUUUCCCAGCUGUUGUAACUGCCCAUUUUGUUCCAGUGGAGGGGCAGCAGCGACCUCGGACUACCAUUUUGAUUAAAUUUUCUGAUGAGGUUCUACGAAGAGAAGCAAGACUAGGUUGAUGCUCGUUAUGUCCUAUUGGUUCAAGAUAUUCUACACCAGCGAGAGCGGGUAACUCUAGGAAAAUGGUGUAAUUUAUCAGGAUCAUUUGAAUCCUAAAAAGCUGAUUGUCGACUGUGACUUGAUCCGUCAUUCGCGAAAGUUACAAACCAAUCAUUAUCCAGAAAUGUGUGUAGCUGAACUGGAGAAAACUACACUAAUAGUUGUAAUGCUUGCUAGAUUUGAUACAGGAGGUUCAAAAAUGAAAGAUUAUGUGGUAUUGCAACCAUGCUUUAACCUUU